AUGUCGGAGCGAGGACUCCGAGGUCUACGUCAUGCCAAUGACUCCAGCCUAUAUGAGGACGUCGUGCGAAACACUGUGCCGGUUCAUGCUCGCAUGGUUCACGGUCUAGAUAGCUCUGACCAGCCAUGCAGCACACCAGCGCCAUACGACGUCCAUGGAGAACACUUGAGGGUUGUCGACCGCGCAUUCUUGAAUCGCCGGUUACUAGAGUCUCUGGAUGAACAUGAGAACGUAAAAGUCUUCUACGAGCACAAGCUGUUGUCGGCAAAUCUCGACCGCCAGGAAGCCGUCUUCAAUGCGGUCGUCAGCAAGCCCAGGCCUCCCGAAUUGCAUCUACCUGCAGAGGUUCCAGAGCCGGCUAGCCCGGUACUCUCUGAUACAAAGACAGUUCAAUACGACUUGCUCAUCGGUUCAGAUGGAGCAUACUCGAUGACCCGACAAUGCAUCUCGAAAUAUGGAAGACUCAACCUCCAGCAGACAUGGAUUGAUGUUAUGUGGUGCGAGUUCGUGAUUCGUCCAAAUAAGGAUGGUGAACACAGGCUUUCAUCUAAGCAUCUCCAUAUAUGGCCUCAGGAUGAUUACAUGUUCAUUGCCCUUCCAGAUCAGAAUUCGACAUUCACCUGCAAUCUUUUCGGUCCACGUUCGUUGUUCCUUGAGCUUGAGGCAAACCCGGACAGGGUAGUACCUCUCUUCCGGAAGUCCUUCCCAGGUGUGGUGCCUGACUUGAUUGAACCAAAUGUGCUUCAGGAGAUGUUUGUGCAGAACCCACACUUGCCCUUACUUGAUCUGCGUUGUACACCCUACAACUAUUCUGACAGCUGUGUCAUUAUCGGCGACGCCGCUCAUGCAAUGGUGCCGUUCUACGGCCAGGGACUGAAUACCGGCUUUGAAGAUGUUCAAAUCCUGUUCCAAGACUUCAUCGACCAAAGACACUGGACAAAGUCAGAUGCCGACCUCAAAGAGCCGACCAUCUUGGACAGUUACACAGAGUUCCGUGAGCCGGACCUACGGACAAUCAACGACCUGGCGCUGGAGAAUUAUACUGACAUGAAAGUUGGGGUCAACCAGACGUCCGUAAAGUUCAGGAAGUGGGUCGAGGAGCGAAUGAGUCUUUACGCCCCUUUACUUGGAUGGGAGACAUUGUACAGGCGAGUGGCAUUUUCCGGCGAAAGGUACUCAGUCGCAAAGGCGAAGAGCGAGCGCCAGCGCAGAGUUCUGUUUGGAACCUGUACGCUAGGUGUCGUGGGACUAAGCUAUGGCGCUGUAUGGAUGUUCAAGCAAGUGGCAGUAAAAGCAGCCCAGUAG